AUGGCACACGGAUUCGCAGCCCACAAAGAAAUGGGGCUGAGGCCCUUCGCGGAAUAUUUCACAUCCAACCUUCGGAUCGCCUGUCUUGCCUACGAUAACCGUUGCAUUGGCGCGAGUGACGGCGAGCCAAGGAGAGAAAUCAUCCCGGCACUACAAAUCAGUGACUACUCAGAUGCUAUUACCUUUGCGCAGUCUCUGCCGGAGAUUGACGCCGGGAAAAUUGCUAUCUGGGGCAGCUCGUUCAGUGGAGGGCAUGUUCUUACCGUUGGUGCUGUCGAUCGUCGCGUGAAAGCUGUAAUCAGCCAGGUGCCAUUAACCAGCGGAUGGGAUACCUUCCAUCGUAUAAACAGGGCCGAUUUUGUGCCAAGUCUCAACCAGUUAUUUGCGGAUGAUCGCGAGGCUCGUGCUAGGGGGGAAGAGCCCAGUCGGAUACCUGUUGUGGACAAGGAUCCUCAAGCGCUUUCUUUUCUUCCUUCAGAGGACAGCUAUAAUGGCUACAAUGCAGCAGAAGCGUUGGGUUGGAAAAACGAUGUGACAGUAAAGAGCCUCGAAGCAUUCCGAGCAUACGAACCUGCAGCCCACAUCCAGCACAUCGCUCCGACUCCAUUAUUGAUGAUUAUUAUGGACAAUGACGUUGUCACACCUACUGACAUUGCACUUGGAGCCUUUGCCAGGGCCAGGGAACCGAAGCAAUUGCACCUGCUACCGGGAGGACACUUUGACCCAUACGACGGACCACUCUACGCAAAAAAUGUCCCCGUUCAGGCGAAGUUUCUGCAAGACAGGCUUUUGGAGUAG